GGUAACCGUAACUCAGGUCGCUGUCUUGUUACUGGGCCAGGAUCUUGAACAACAAUGCGUACAAGUCUCUGUGAAGGUUCAGCAAUGUAAAUUGCAAAAAGCACCCAUAACAAUUGAAUUUAAAGCCUGAUUCCGUGUGGCAGCUCUUUAUCUCUUGGCGUUUCCAACUCCUGUUAACCAGGGAUUCCAGGCACACCACAUAAUGGCGUUCACAGCUGGUCCGCCACUUGAAGUGCCCAUCUUUGGCGCAGACACUGGUGCCCUUGCGGCCUCAUUCGGCACCAGCCGCCUAGAGCUGAACCGUGCUGAGUCGUAUGCCCAGGGCGGCAUAACCCCGACACUCAACGAGCUCACCACCCUCCUGUCCUCCCUCAGCCAUGACAAUCGGCCAACAGUCCGAAUCAUGAUCCGCCCCCGCGGGCCUCCCUCUUCCCCCCGGCCCGAAUCAAAUCCUGGACGAAAACAAGACCUAGCAGAAGACCAGGAUUUCAUCUACACCCCAGAAGAAUUUAGCGCCAUGAUCGGGUCUAUCAAGCAGUUCAUCUCCUCCGGCUUGCUAGACCCUUCCAAAGGAGACGGCUUCGUGUUCGGUAUCCUGAAGAGAACGGCUUCCGAUGGUGCGUUAGAGCUAGAUCAGGAGAGGAACACCGAGCUGGUUACCGUGGUGAAAAAAGCGGGGUUCAAGGCGGUUUUGCAUCGCGCCGUUGAUGCCCUGUUUUCUCAGUGCGGAUCUGAAGCUGGUUCUGCGGCGGAUGCAGUAGGACGGGUAAUGGAGGCGGUGCGAGAGUGCGGGUUUGACGUGAUGCUUACUUCUGGUGGGCUGGGCUCGGCGGCUGGGAAUGUGGUGAGGUUGAGGGAGGUGGUUGCUGCUGCUGAGAGGGAAGGGGUGGAGGUUAUUGUUGGCGGAGGGGUGAGGAGCGGGAAACUGAGAGGAUUGUUUGGGGGCUUGGGGUUGGACUUGGGGGAAAGGAAUGUUGGAGCGGUCUGGUUCCAUUCGUCUUGCUUGAGAAUUAGCGUGGAGGGACAGGAGACGUUUGAUCAGGGAGAGGCGAGCGGACUCGCGCAUGAGUUGAGGGGAUUAUGCAUGGAAAGUAAGGAAAAACAGACCCAGGGCAGCUAAGCUUUCGGGUGCACAAUCGUAGGUGGAAAGCAAUCAAAUGGUGGUGAUUCAGUGCCAUAAGGUUGUGAAUCGAUGGGUUGGGGAAAGAAUGAAGGUUGUUGCGAGGAUGAAUGAGG